GACAUCAUCGUUGUGGUUUUUUACUUCGCCUUUGUCCUCACUGUCGGGAUAUGGUCAUCAAUGCGAGCAAGCCGGGGGACCGUUGGAGGCUAUUUCCUAGCUGGACGAUCCAUGACUUGGUGGCCUAUUGGAGCAUCCCUGAUGUCAAGUAACGUGGGCAGUGGCUUAUUCAUCGGCCUGGCAGGCACUGGAGCAGCUGGGGGACUUGCUGUUGGGGGCUUUGAAUGGAAUGCUACCUGGGCACUUCUGGCUCUCGGUUGGAUCUUUGUGCCUGUUUACAUUGCAGCAGGAGUGGUCACCAUGCCUGAAUACCUGCAGAAGAGAUUUGGAGGGCAGAGGAUACAAAUCUACAUGUCCGUACUCUCCCUCAUUCUCUACAUAUUCACCAAGAUAUCCACGGACAUUUUUUCCGGAGCAUUGUUCAUCCAAAUCUCUUUGGGCUGGAACCUCUACUUGUCCACUGUGGUCUUGCUAGCAGUGACUGCUGUCUACACCAUAGCUGGUGGAUUAACAGCUGUGAUAUACACAGAUGCGCUGCAGACCCUGAUCAUGGUGCUGGGAGCUUUGGUCCUCAUGUUCAUAGGAUUUGAAAAAGUUGGCUGGUAUGAAGGACUUCAGGAGAAAUACAGCACAGCAAUACCAAAGAUCAUAGUCCCAAACACGACCUGUCACCUCCCACGUGCAGAUGCCUUUCAUUUGUUCAGGGAUCCAGUCACAGGAGACAUCCCUUGGCCUGGCCUUAUAUUUGGCCUCUCUGUGCUGGCUCUGUGGUGCUGGUGCACUGACCAGGUAAUAGUCCAGAGGUCUCUCUCUGCCAAGAACCUCUCCCAUGCCAAAGGUGGAUCAGUGCUGGGAGGUUAUCUGAAAAUCUUCCCUAUGUUUUUCAUUGUUAUGCCAGGAAUGAUCAGCAGAGCUCUUUACCCAGAUGAAGUGGGCUGUGUGGACCCGGACAUCUGUAAAAGGGUCUGUGGAGCUGCAGUGGGUUGUUCCAACAUUGCUUACCCCAAACUCGUCAUAGAACUCAUGCCUGAUGGGCUCCGGGGUUUGAUGAUCGCUGUGAUGAUGGCAGCCUUGAUGAGUUCCCUCACCUCUAUUUUCAACAGCAGCAGCACUCUCUUCGUUAUAGACAUCUGGCAGCGGAUCCGCAAAAAGGCGUCAGAGCAGGAGCUGAUGAUUGUGGGCAGAGUCUUCAUCCUCAUCCUUGUAGUCAUCAGUAUUCUCUGGAUCCCAAUCAUUCAGUCAGCCAACAGCGGCAAGCUCUUCGACUACAUUCAGUCCAUAACCAGCUACCUAGCUCCACCGAUCACAGCUCUUUUCAUCUUGGCAAUCUUCUGCAAGAGGAUUAAUGAGCCUGGUGCUUUCUGGGGCCUCAUGGCUGGGCUAGCUGUUGGUCUUGUUCGGAUGAUCAUCGAGUUUAUUUAUAGCACACCAUCUUGUGGUGAGGAGGACAGCAGGCCAGCUGUGCUAAAGGACUUGCAC